AUGCGAGUAUAUUUAUUCGUCAUUUUUACACUGCAAUGUUAUACAUCGAUCGGAGCUCAUUCAAAGCUAACAAUCGAUGAAUUCUUUAAUGCAACUAGUUUUCAAUCAGUGAGUCUCUCUCCAAAUGGUCAACACCUAUUGGUAUACACUAGAAAACCCGCAUGGGACUUAAACUCAUAUGACAACAGUUUAUGGUUAUAUACAACUGAUGGAUCGAAGAAAGAAUUAAUUACUACACAAUAUUCUGUAUUCAUGGAACCGAAAUGGUCACCCAGUGGAGAUUGGUUCUUCUACUAUGGUAAUGAUAAAGUUACGGCUAAUUCAACAGAUGAUCGUGAACUUUAUCGACAUUCAGGCAACAAAGAUUCGAAAAGUCAGCAGCAGAUUCAUGUCUAUAGUGUUACGUCAGACGAAUUGUUAUCGAUUGAUAUUGGCAAAGCAACACCAUCAGCUUUGACAUGGUCGGCCACUGAUUCAUCGCUUUACUUUGCUGCACAAUCAACAGAAUCUACAGAAGAUGCUGAUCGUUUGUAUGAAGCUGAAUGGAAAGAUGUUAUUGAAUAUCGUCGGCGUAAGCCUAACUAUGGUAGUGUUAUUCAACGAAUUGAUAUCAAACGAAAACAUGGAAAAGUCUCUGUCAAACUUCAUUCUAUCAAACAUGUCGAUUUCAUUGUUAGUGAUCUAUUAUUGAUUCCAUCUGAACAUAAAAUUGUUUGCGUCUCAAUGCCGGAAAUGUUCGAAAAUUUAUCUGAUAUAGAUAUUUAUGCGAUAGAUUUGCACGAUACUUCAUCGUUAAUAAGAUUGACGAACAGCCAAGCCAUUGAAACUAAUCUACAGCUAUCGGCAGAUGGUAAACAUGUGUUUUUUCAAGUUUAUCCAGUUAAAUUGAACAAUGAAACAUUCUCUAGUGCGCAACCACAACUUUACUCGAUUGAUUUAACAAAUGGACAUAUUGAACAAUGGGGAAAAGGUUUCCAAGGAGCCGUUCGAGAUUAUACUAUUCGAUCUGAAGGUGGCGUUUUUAUAUUGGGACAGUUAGGAACUAAUGUGCAUGUGUACAUUCAACAAUCAGUAUCGCAAUAUGCAUGCUUAGCACCUGGUUGGCAUGGAUCGUAUCGAUCGAUCUCAUCGUCAAAGUUAGAGCAAUAUUCAUCGGCUGCUUUUCUAUAUUCCUCGUUCGAUCGUCCGGAAGAAGUGUAUUUUACUAAACAUAUCGAUGGACUUCCUUGGGCAAAACCAGUUACUCAUGAAAAUCAGUUGUUGGCAACACGAAGUUUACCACGAGCUAAAUUGUACAGAUGGAUCAAUCAUGACGAUAAUCGUAUGAUCGAAGGUAUUCUACAUUAUCCGCCAGGAAAACUCGGACACAAAAACUUACCUCUGUUCGUUCUCAUCCAUGGUGGUCCAUCUGAGGCAAGUAUGAAUAUGCUUCAUGCAGAUUAUUAUACUUGGGCUCCAUUAGCUGCUACGGAAGGUUGGCUAGUACUCGAACCUAAUUAUCGAGGAUCAACGGGUUAUGGUGAUCAGUUUCUCAAUGAAAUUUCUGGUCAACUAUUAUCUCGACCAGGAAGAGAUAUUCUUGCUGGUGUUGAUAGUCUUAUAAGCGAUGGCAUUGCUGAUCCAACUCGACUUAACAUUGGUGGCUAUAGUUUCGGUGGAUUUCUAACGAAUUGGUUGAUUACACAGACAACACGUUUUAAUGCUGCUCUAUCCGGUGCUGGGCCAGUCGAACACAUUUCUAUGUGGGGUACCACGGAUUUUCCCGUGUAUGUUAAUACUUUAUUCCGCGGAUUCCCAUGGGAAGUACCAGAAAUCUAUGAAAAAGAGUCAAUUAUGAGUAAGUUAAAUGCAGCAAAAACACCUACACUCAUCAGCACUGGCACAAAUGAUAUUCGAGUUCCUGCUGAUCAAAGCUAUAUUUUAGAACGUAGCUUAACUUAUUUAGGAGUGCCUGUGAAAUUAUUACUAUUUCCUGAUGAAGGUCAUACGCUUAGUAA